AUGCCUGAUUUGGGAGAAAAUAUAAAAGAAGCUAUAGUAAAAAAACUCUAUGUUAAAGAAGGUGACUAAGUUAAUGAAUUCUAAACAAUUGCUGAUGUAGCUACAGAUAAGCUAUUUACACAAAUUCCUAGUUCAUAUGAAGGAAAAGUGCAUAAAUUAUAUUAUAAGGAAGAUGAAUCUUGUUUAGUAAAUAAAAUAAAAAAAACAAAUAAACAAAUAAUAAAAAGAGAACACAAUUUAAACUUAAGCGAAAUUUAAGGUUCAGGAAAGUAAGGUCGCAUAAUGAAAGAAGAUGUAUUAAAUUAUUUAAAAACAAAAGAAAAUAAAAUUCAAAACAAACAAAAGCAAACUGAGAAAUACAUUCUAGCGACUCCACCUGUACGCGCUUUAGCAAAAGAACUUAAAGUAGAUUUAAAUCUUAUAGAAAAUCCGACUGGAAAAGACGGUCGUAUAACAGAAUAAGAUAUCAGAAAUUACCUAAAACCUUAGAAAUAACCUUAAUAAUAAGCUUAAUAAACAUAAUAAAACUAAGAAACAACUACAACAACAUAAACUCAAAAAAAAUAACAGAUUAAAAUGAGUGAAUUUAUGAAAGGAAUGUAAAAAAGUAUGACUGAAUCAAACAAAAUACCACAUUUAUAUUAUAAAGAUGAAUUUGAUUUGACAAAAUUAUCUGAAAUUCGUUAAUAAUGGAAAAAGUAAUUAAAUAAUAAUGUUAGUUUUAUGACUAUUUUUAUCAAAUCAUUUUCUUUAGCCCUUUAAGAUUUUCCAAUUUUAAACAGUCAUUAUAACACAAAUACCCCUUUCGAAUAUACUCUCAAUUAAGGUCACAAUAUUACAAUAGCAGUCGAUUCUCCGAAUGGUCUAGUAGUUCCCAAUAUUAAAAAUGUAUAAAACUUAUCUGUACUUGAAGUAUAAAAAGAACUUAAAAAAUUAGUUAAACUAGCUGAACAAGGCACUUUGGGCCCAAAAGAACUUUUCGAUGGAACUAUUUGUAUUUCCAAUAUUGGAACUAUUGGCGGUACUUAUACUGCGCCUCUAAUUUUACCGCCUUAGGUUUGUAUUGUGGGACUUGGAAAAGUCUAAACUUUACCAAGAUAUGUUGAAGGGUAAUUACUUCCUAGAUAAAUAAUGAAUGUUAGCUUUGGGUGUGAUCAUAGAAUUAUUGAUGGGUCUACUGUGGCUAAAUUUUCAAAUUAAUGGAGAGAUUAUUUAGAAAAUCCUUCCUUAAUGAUUUUGAAUUUAAAAUGA